AGCUUCCGCCGCGACAUCGCAAUCCAGAUCUAGGUUUCGAGAGCGAGAGAGAAAAGGACGGAGAGAAGGCCAUGGCGGAGCCGGAGGCUCUGGAGAUGAGGGGGCUGGGGCUGGAGGGUCUGAUGGCCCCUUCGCCGGAUUUCCGCUCUGCGAGGAUCAUCACCAUCCCCAAGAUCAAGGAUGAUUCGGCGGUCGAGGCCGCGGCGAACAAGGCGGCGGCGGGGAGUGGCAUGGUGAAGGCGGCGUCCUGGAGCGACUUCGUCACCAAGCCGGCGGGGAACAAGGCGGCUUCGGCGAGCAGCAUCGAGCCGGCGGCGAAGGUGGAGGGCAAGGCCAAGCAGGCGGCGGCGAGCAGCAUCGAGCCGGUGGCGAAGGCGGAGGGCAAGGCCAAGCAGGCGGCGGCGAGCAGCAUCGAGCCGGUGGCGAAGGCGGAGGGCAAGCCGAAGGCCAAGCUCCUACUCAGGCGGGCGUGGGAGUUGGACGCCAAGCCGGAGCCAGCGGUGAUCUCCGUCGGGACCGAGAGGCUGGGGGAAGAUGAAAUCGAGUACGUGCGGACGCAUCGCAUGCGGAGGCUCACCCCCCCCGACGAUCUGAUCCGCGAAUUCUUCCCCAGGAUUGCAGCGUGUUUCCCAAAAGCUGCUGCCAUCGUCAACAAGACCGUCGACCUGCAGGAGGACAUCUUGAGGCAGUACGAGACGAAGGGGUACGCCUUGGUGCGGGUCGAGCGCCUCGACAAUGGUUUGAAGAGGUGGUUUCGUCUCCCCGAGGCAGAAACUGCCUAGGCCUUCAGGGUUUCGCUGAGGAUGUUUAUCCUGCUGUCUGCUUUGUCGUCUGAUCUAUCUAUGUGAUGUUACUAUAUUAUAUUAUGGUGGUAAAUGUGGAUCUGCUUAAGGGGUUCGUAAGUUAUUAGAGAUGUUACUAUAUUAUAUUAUGGUGCUAAAUGUGGAUCUGCUUAAGUGGUUCGUAAGUUAGUAGUGUUGCUCCAUUUGUUUU